AUGAGGCCUACUGCGAUGGCGACGGCUUUGUUGCUGUACUGCACGGUCCUGUUGGUCCUGUGCGGUGCCCUUUCGGAUCACCAUCGGCAGUCAGCGCCGAACCUGACGAAGGAAGUUAACCGUAACAUCAUCAACACGGUGUUCGAACGGACACGGCCCGCCGGGCGGGACCGACGCUGGAAGGAGGUCACGAUCUUGGGUCUCUUCGAACUCAGCUCGAAAGCUGGCGAACGACGCGAAGGGUUCAGUGAGCUGGCGGCGGCCCAGCUGGCCGUGCAGCACAUCAACCGGCGGGGCCUUUUGCUGGGCUACAAACUGAAGCUGAUAACGAACGACACCCAGUGCGAUCCGGGUGUCGGCAUCGAUCGGUUCUUCCACGCACUCUACACCCACCAGAGCAAGCGCAUCAUCAUGGUGCUGGGGUCGGCCUGCUCCGAGGUGACGGAGAGUCUGGCCAAGAUCGUACCCUACUGGAACAUCCUGCAGGUUUCGUUCGGGUCGACGGCGCCGGCCCUGAGCGAUCGGGGCGAGUUCCCCCUGUUCUACCGCACCGUGGCCCCGGACUCGUCCCACCACCCGGCCCGGAUCGCGUUCCUGGCCCGGUUCGGCUGGGACAUGGUGGCCACGUUCUCGCAGAACGAGGAGGGCUACUCGCUCGCCGUCAACGAUCUCGUGACGGAGCUGGAGCGGGCCAACAUCACGUGCGCCGCCACCAUUUCCUUCGCCGAAACCGAUUUCAAGGAACAGCUCAAGCUGCUGCGGGACCGAGACGUUCGGGUGAUUAUUGGGAGCUUCUCGCACGAAAUUGCACCGCAACUGUUCUGCGAGGUGUACAACCUGGGCAUGUACGGCGCGGAGUACGCGUGGAUCCUGCAGGACACAUACAUCUCGUCCUGGUGGUUGACGGCGGCGGGGACGGCGUGUCCCCCGAAGGCGCUGCUGGCGGCGGUCGAGAACCUGAUAAUCGUUUCCAGCUACAACAGCAUCGUCGGCAUGGGCGCGGCCCUCAGCGGAUUAACGAACCGCAUCUUUCUGCAGAAGCUCCGCGAGAUGAACGUGUCGGACGCGGUGUCGGAGUUUGCGCCGCAAACGUACGAUGCCGUGUGGGCGAUGGCGCUGGCACUGCGCGGGGCCGAAAAGUCUUGGUCGCAGCAUGUGGCCACCCGGCGCGUCCACCUGGCGGACUACGAUUACACGCGGUACGACAUCGCCGCGGAGUUGCUGCGUCAGUUCGAUCGGCUCAAGUUCAACGGUAUCUCCGGGCCGGUAUCGUUCGAUGGUCCGGACCGGAUAGGGACAACGUCCUUCCACCAGAUUCAGCGCGGCCAACUGCAGACGAUCGCGUUUUACCACCCAAAGAACGCGACGCUCCACUUUGGGUGUCGCUCGUGCGUACCGAUCGUUUGGGCCGCCGACGGCCAGGUGCCGAUUGCGCGGCGCAUCCUGAAGCUGCGUGUCGACACGAUCGACCCGGUGGCGUUCUACACGGUCGUGGUGCUGUCCUUGGUCGGCAUCGGUCUGUCGGUGCUCUUUCUCGGCCUUAACCUGCGCUUCCGGAAGCUCAAGGCCAUCAAACUGUCGAGUCCGAAGCUGAGCACGAUCAGCGUUUGCGGGUGCAUUCUGGUGUACGCGGCCACGAUCCUGCUCGGGCUGGACCACUCGACGCUGCCCGGCUCGAGCGUCAGCUUCGCGACCAUCUGCAUGGCCCGGGUCUACUUCCUGUCGGCCGGAUUUUCGCUCGCGUUCGGCUCCAUGUUUGCGAAGACGUUCCGCGUAUACCGGAUCUUCACGCAGAGCGCCGGCGGUCUGUGCCGGGAUCGGAUCCUGCGUGACACUCAGCUCAUCUCGGUCAUCGUGUUGCUGCUACUGGUGGACGCUUCGGUCGUGUCGUUCUGGAUGGCGGCCGAUCCGCUGGAGCGCCACCUGCACAACUUGACGCUCGAGAUCAGCACCACCGACCGGAGCGUGGUGUUUCUGCCGCAGGUCGAGCUGUGCCGAUCGCGCCACUACGAGGGCUGGCUGGGCAUGCUGUACGCGUACAAGGGCCUGCUGCUGGUCGGCGGCGUCUACAUGGCGUGGCAGACGCGCAACGUCAAGAUUUCGGCCCUCAACGACUCGCAGUACAUCGGCAUCUCGGUGUACAGUGUAGUGAUCACUAGCGCCAGCGUCGUCGUGUUGGCCAACUUGCUCUACGAGAAGGUGACGCUUGCGUUCGUCAUCAUGGCCAGUUUCGUGCUCAGCUCGACGACGGCCACGCUGUGUUUGCUGUUUCUGCCCAAACUGAAGAACAUCCUCGAGCAGGGCGAAGUGUACGAUCCAAUCAUACACAGCAUGGGCCUGAAGAUGGAGUUCAACACGCGUCGGUUCGUGCUGGACGAUCGCCGCGAACUGCAGUUCCGCGUCGAGGUCCAGAACCGCGUCUACCGGAAGGAGAUUGAGUUGCUCGAUGCGGAAAUCUGCCGCCUGGAGCGAUUGCUGCUGGGCGACAGUUCGACGUCGGGCAGUCCGCGUUCUUCGGAACCGAACGUGAGUCCAUACGAUGCCGGGAUCGCCAGCGCACUACCCCGUGUGCCCGCAUCCGGUGGUGGGCUACCGAUGUUGCUGCUCUCCGUGCUGCCGCCAAUCAUUCCCCGCGCCAGCUGGCCCUCUGUCGAUCCGAUGCUGUCAUCGCCAAUGAAGCGGAACAUCGCCUUUAGCUCACAGCCCAAGAUCGACCCGUCCGUGGGGUGCCCACCGAACCCAGGAGAGCAGGCCAGCAUGCUCUUCGACGACCGGCAACCGGUAGCAACCGGUACGGGCUCCAGCGUGAUGGGUCGCAUUAAGCACAUCUUCACUCCGCGCGUACCAAGGGCCCCGUCGGUGACGGGGACCGUCGGCAGUACCGCCGUCAUCCGCAAGUCCACCCUGGCCAUAUUUCAAGAACUCGACCCGGAGUCGGACCCGGAGAUACCGCAACCGAUCUACACCAUCGGUAACUGCCACAGCGAGCAACAUAAUCUGACCGCCUCGGAGCCCCGGGUAAACUUCAUUCUGCCACCGGUCCCGGCAGCUGGAUCGCGGCGCCUCUCGUCGAACGUUCCGUCGCAGCCGGGUGCGGGACGGGAGCGCAUUCGCGGGUCGCCCCGAUUCCCGCACCGCAUCUGCCCGCAAGCCAUCAGCCUGACGGAGCUGGGCCUCGAGCGUCCCCGGCUCAGCUUUCUGACGGUGAAAAGCUGCGAGCAGAUCCACGGCCGGCAGUGCGAUUCGCGGGCCAAGUGGAAAUCGAUGGACUCGUUCUCGAGGAGUAUCGGGUGCGAGCAGUAG